CGCAUGUCUCUAGAAAACUCCAUAGCAAACAUGGCGACUUACAUGAGGAUGUUGGGAGCGUUAAAACAAUCCUACAGAAGUGGGAUUACUCCAUUUAAAAAUUGUCCAGGUUCAGCGGGACAAGUCCUCAGGAGUAGCAAUGGAGGAGAUACACUCAUAACGUCAAGCAAGGUCACGAAUCGCUGUUAUUCUACCUCAAGUUUCACAUGGAAAACCUCCUUAUGCAAUGACUCCUUUGGUAACAUCAGCUCAUCAAUGACAGGAGCGAUACGCUAUGGUAAUAUUAACAAAUGGAGACGGAUUGCAAGUGUGUUUGGCUAUACCAAGGACAUUACUGGACAUGGUGGAGCUUCUGUCGGCUGUCAGCAGAGGAGGUACUUUUAUGGAAACCGGGGUAGCGGAUUUUCAGGAGAAGAUGGAUCCGAAACCGGUGGUUCAGGAGGGGAUGAAGCUAGUGGUGACGGUGGGGCAGGUUAUAGUAAUCCGCAAAUGACUGCCCUUACAACCAUGAUGGUGCCAGAGGUUUUCCCUAAUGUACCCCUUAUCGCCGUCAGUAGAAACCCAGUUUUCCCUCGAUUCAUCAAAAUUAUUGAGGUGAAGAAUAAACCCCUAAUGGACCUUUUGAGACGAAAAGUGAGGUUGGCUCAACCUUAUGCUGGUGUUUUUCUAAAGAAAGAUGACAGCAAUGAGGUAGACGUUGUGGAAAGCUUGGAUGCCAUCUACAGCACUGGCACUUUUGUGCAAAUACACGAGAUGCAGGACCUUGGAGACAAACUCCGUAUGAUUGUCAUGGGGCACAGACGAGUUCGUAUUAACAAGCAACUGGAUGUGGAGCCAGAUGAACCUCCAUCUCCUGUGGAAUCUGAGGGGGAGGGAGGCCAACUGAAGCCCCCACGUCGUAAGCCCAAACGCACGCGGAAGGAAGGCCCUCUUGCUGAGGCCAUGGAGGACACUGUGAAGGAUGCAGACCUGACUGUGGAGCCUGUGCCACUGCCUAACACCUCCAAUGAUAUCCUCAUGGUGGAGGUAGACAAUGUCGUGCACGAGGAGUUCCAGACCACGGAAGAAGUCAAGGCAUUAACUGCAGAAAUAGUCAAGACUAUUCGAGAUAUCAUUGCUUUGAAUCCUCUAUACAGAGAGUCUGUGCUGCAGAUGAUGCAGGCUGGACAGAGAGUGGUUGAUAAUCCCAUCUACCUGAGUGACAUGGGUGCAGCUCUCACUGGGGCAGAGUCACACGAGCUUCAGGAUGUUCUGGAGGAGACCAAUAUCCCCAAACGUCUGUACAAGGCACUGUCUCUGUUAAAGAAAGAAUAUGAGCUCAGCAAGCUACAGCAACGCCUGGGAAGGGAGGUUGAGGAGAAGAUCAAGCUGACCCACAGGAAGUACCUUCUACAGGAGCAGCUGAAGAUCAUUAAGAAGGAACUCGGCCUGGAAAAAGAAGACAAAGACGCCAUUGAGGAGAAGUUCAGGGAGCGACUGAAGGAAAGAGUGGUGCCACAGCACGUUAUGGAUGUAAUCAACGAAGAGUUAAACAAGCUUGGCCUGCUUGAUAAUCAUUCCUCUGAGUUCAAUGUUACACGUAACUAUUUGGACUGGCUGACUUCCAUGCCAUGGGGAACCUAUAGCACAGAAAAUCUGGAGCUGGGCCGAGCAAAGGAAGUGCUUGAGGAAGAUCAUUAUGGGAUGGACGAUGUGAAGAAACGUAUUCUGGAGUUCAUUGCAGUGAGCCAGUUACGGGGCAGCACACAGGGAAAGAUCCUGUGUUUCUACGGCCCCCCAGGUGUGGGAAAAACCAGUAUUGCCCGGUCCAUUGCCCGAGCACUAAACCGGGAAUAUUUCCGUUUCAGUGUGGGUGGUAUGACUGAUGUUGCAGAAAUUAAAGGUCACAGGAGGACGUAUGUGGGAGCUAUGCCUGGAAAGAUCAUCCAGUGCUUAAAGAAGACUAAAACUGAAAAUCCUCUGGUGCUAAUUGAUGAGGUGGACAAAAUUGGACGAGGUUACCAGGGUGACCCUUCGUCAGCCCUUCUGGAGCUUUUAGAUCCAGAGCAGAAUGCAAACUUUCUUGACCAUUACCUUGAUGUGGCUGUGGAUUUGUCCAAGGUUCUAUUUAUUUGUACCGCCAAUGUGACUGACACCAUUCCAGAACCCCUGAGAGAUCGUAUGGAAAUGAUCAAUGUGUCUGGAUAUGUAGCCCAGGAAAAACUAGUCAUAGCAGAGAGAUACCUGGUGCCUCAGCUACGAACCCUUUGUGGACUGGAUGAGCAGAAAACUGAAAUCUCCUCUGAGGCUUUGAAAGUUCUCAUAAGGCAGUAUUGUAGAGAAAGUGGGGUCAGGAACCUUCAGAAGCAAGUGGAGAAGGUUUUCCGCAAAGUUGCCUUCCGCAUUGUAAAUGGCGAGGAGAGCGCAGUGAAGGUCACACCUGAAAUUCUGCAGGACUACGUUGGUAAACCCAUCUUCACUGUAGAUCGAAUGUAUGAUGUCACCCCUCCGGGCGUUGUCAUGGGAUUGGCCUGGACGGCUAUGGGUGGUUCCACACUCUUUAUCGAAACCUCUCUGCGACGGCCUCGGGACCAUUCAGGGACAGAUGGACCAAAAGACGGAUCCCUCGAGAUGACUGGGCAGCUAGGCGAUGUGAUGAAGGAGAGUGUCAAAAUUGCCUAUACCUUUGCUCGCUCCUUCCUCAUGAAGCAGCUGCCUGAAAAUGACGUUCUCAUCAGCUCUCACUUACACCUUCACGUCCCAGAGGGUGCUACUCCAAAAGAUGGGCCAAGUGCUGGCUGCACCAUAGUGACAGCCCUGCUGUCCUUGGCCACUAACACCCCAGCACGUCAGAAUGUGGCCAUGACUGGAGAGUUGUCCCUGACUGGCAAAAUCCUCCCUGUGGGUGGAAUCAAGGAGAAGACCAUUGCUGCCAAGAGGGCUGGUGUGACCUGCAUGUUACUGCCAGAGGAAAACAAGAAAGAUUUCUCAGACCUUCCAGAUUACAUCACUGAAGGCCUGGAGGUGCAUUUUGUAGAACAUUAUGAACAAAUCUACAAGAUCGUCUUCCCCGAACAGACUGACUGAUGUUAAAAAUGACUGGCAGUGUUUACACUGUUUUUUUUUUUUAAAUCCAAUGAACAUAUGCCAUAACAUCUCCCCCUGAAGUGCAUCAUUGCUGUUAGUUGAGGGGCCAAUUCCCCAUUAUCAGUUUGUUUGAGACAUGGGUUAAAAGGAUGCUAUCAGUUGUAUGGACAUGGAUAGGGGCGUAGGCUGGCAGCUUAAUUAUCUUCAAGCCAGACAGUUGAUCAUGAUAUUGCUGCUACGCAGCCUUGACAUACAUCCCUCUUUAUUUGACAUAUGUGUGUAUGUUGUAUACAAUGAUGGAACCUGAUCAAUAUUCCAGAUUUUUGAAUUGUUGAUUUCUGAAUAUGUGUUUCUUUUGCUUCUGAGUUAAAGCACUAAUUUAAAGUGUGGUUUGGUUUAUUUAAAUACCCUUAAACUCAUGUGGACAGUUGGUACAGCACAAUGGUCGUAUAGAAUCACUGGGUUCUUGCUCCAACAUUUCAUUUAGUUUCCUCACAUUGAGCUUCAUGCCUUAACUAUGAAUUUAAAUGUGUCCUUUGAAGUUGUUUUUGAAGGACCAAUGGUAAAUCUUAAGGCAAGACAAAAGCAUUUCCCCAAAAUAUCUUUCAUUUUGUUUACAUAUCUAGUCCCUGAAGUUGUGUAGUGAUGCACUUAGAAUUCAAGUUGCAUAGAGAUUACACUUUCACUUUGAUUUGCAGAAGUGCACUGCUGAAUUGUCAUUUGUUAAUAUUCUACAUCGAGGUUUAUGAACUGGAGAUACAGCAUCCAUCCUCAUAUCAGACUGAUGUAAGGUUAGUAGCCAACACUGCAUUUCAAUUUCCCAUGGGGUUUGCCACUUUAGAGGCCUACUUACCCACAAACCAAUUUGGGUUUUGCCAUCCGUUCAAAUGAUUUUCAAUUUCAGAAAUGGUCUAGGUAUAAUAGUCUGGCCUCUAUUGUGUAAAUCACUAAAUCCACAAUUAUGUCCUGGCUCAAUACUCAGUCCUUUUCAGAUAUAUAUACACACUUUUGUGAUUCACAUCCCUAACCGUCCUGAGCAUCCAUGCCAAAGUUUAACAGCACUAUUUCAAGCUGAUGCGUCGGUGUCUUUAACCCACACUUCAGUAAUGGACUUCCUCCAAGAACCACAGCAUCUUGCAAGCCUGGCCUGAACAUCAUGGUGUACACAGAGCAUGUACACCAACAUUCCCUUCCACUGCACACUGUUCACCAGAAUCAAUCAAUAAAAACACAAUACUUCCAUGACCACAA